CAGUCAACACUACAAUAUCGUUGCGAUAUUGAGGUAUUUGGUCAAAAAUAUCGUGAUAUUUGAUUUUCUCUGUAGCUAUUAAGGCGGUCGGAAACGCAAGUCUUCCUAUUAAGUUGAGAUGGAUUCAACUUUUGGAGAAACGCAACCCGGCGUUACCCUGCAUUGGCAAAUUAUAUAACAGGCGAUGAGACUUGUCGUCAGUCCGUUUUGAGGCGGUGUGUGAGUCCCUUACAGUAGGCGGUAGCCCUCACUGCCUCUAUCGCUGCCACAGGAAAGUUAAAAAAAAAAAACGUUAGGGUGAAAAACAAAACGCAAGCACUUAACUGCCCAGGACUUCCUGUAACAGCUGACUGUUUUCUGCAACAAGCUCCAGCACAAAGCACAGUCGCACCGUCUCUUUUCGAUCUCUUUUUCUUCAUGAAAUGAAGCUGCCUUCAAGUGUGGUCGGAAAUGUCAAGAUCUGACGAAAAACAACAACAAUUGUGAAAUAUAAAGUUGGGUGCUACAUUGGGGGAUUAAAGAUCACAACAGGAUGUCACACAAAUGGGCCAUUUGUUGACACUCCCACCACCGUGUAAGCCUGCGGUGAAUCACUGGGCCGCCUGAGUGUAUGUGAACGCAGCCUAACUAGUUGUGAUAUGAUUGGGAUGGAAUUUUGAAGGAAAAAAUUGAUCUAUUAAAGGGGCACAAUGCGAGAGCGUUUGACAAAAGUUUUGGAACCACUGAGCUAACUCAGAACGUGUGGAGGGAAUCUCUACCACUGUUAGCUGCAUGUGGACCGAACAUUUAUUUUUUUCCCUGCAUCAGUGUGUUCAUUUGAAAUCCAUAAGGGGGUGUGAGUGACUUGGGUAAGAGAGGUUCGAAAGCUCAGGAGAGAGAGAGAGUCAAAUUCCAUCCAGAGUGAAGGAUCAAGGGGGGUUAAAAGUUUGAGGGGGGUUCCUCGAAGCUUUGUGUGCUCAGCUGUUUUUUCAACAUGGAGUUUGAGUGUACAGUUCCUUGAUUGUUGCCAACUUUACACACAUGUAAUACUUACAUACAGGAAAGUUUCUGCUUCAAAUCCUCUGUCGUCUUCUCUUGUCAAAAAUUGUACAUGAUGAUUAAAGUAUACAAGUAAUACAAUAAUGUACAAAAGUUCAACAUGCUGACACUUUCUGUUAACACAUUUUUUUUCUCUUGAUGACGACAUCAAAUUGGGACAGUGUGCGCGUCGUAUAAUGUGUUGCAAGUUUUGCAUUGAUUUUCCACAUUAGGCAUCUGUCUUGUCCUGAUGAGGCCUGAAUAAGCUUAUUGAAUUUUCCCCCAAAUGUUCAGUCGGUGUUGUUUUUCCAUUUGUGUCUGAGGGCUGUGAACUCAGUUUGAAUGUAGGGCUGCAAUCAAUGUUUGUUUAUAUUAUUGAUUAAUGUUUGGAUUCUUUUUUUAAUUUGUAAUUAAGUCUAUAAAAUCUGAAUAGCCUUUUUUUUCUGAAAAGCUGGAACAUUUGAGAAACUAAGAAUAGCUGUAAUUUCCCUACUGGGGAUCAAUAAAAAGUAUCAAUUAUUAAGCUGGAACCAGGGAAUGUAAUAUUCUGCUUGAAUCUGUGGAAAUAUUUGUCAAAUAAGCCUGCAUUAACCGUAAUUUUGAUCUGUCCUCUGUGUUUAAGCAAAUGUCUCUUUUAUUUUUUCAUAGCACACGAUGAGCUCUUUAACUGAGCUCACUCACUUGUUGUUUCCUGUUACUUUGGAGCAGAACCUUUAUUCUUCUAGUGGCUCUGAUAAAUUAAACAGAAUUUGACAUGCCAUUGUGUACGUGUACUGUUUGUGUGCUUGAGUCAUUUUUGUGAGGAUUCAGCAUCCUCCGGGUGCUGCAGCAGCCCUCCCCCUCUGCAGCCUCUCCAGCCGAAUGCCCGACAUGCAAACGGAAGCAGGCGCUACCAUUUUGAAAUACAGCACCGCCUAGCGCCAUGGACAAGAGCCACACAGUGAAGCUCUUCGUGGGCAACCUGGCGUUGGACACCACCCAGGAGGAGCUGUCGGCCAUCUUUGAACCCUACGGCCAGGUGGUUAGCUGCAGUGUGCUGCGACAGUUUGCCUUCGUCCACCUGCAGGGUGAGGGUGCGGCGGAGCGAGCCAUCCGGGAGCUCAAUGGACGGGAGUUUCGUGGACGGAAUUUGGUGGUGGAGGAGUCGAGGGGUAGGCCGUUGCACUCCACCAAGGUGUUUGUGGGUAAUCUGAGUGGGAUGUGCACCACAGAGGACCUACAGCAGCUGUUCCAGACAUUUGGAAAAGUUCUGGAGUGUGAUAAAGUCAAAGCCAGGCAUUCCUCUUCCGCAGGCUAUGCCUUUGUCCACAUGGAAAACAAGGAAGACGCACUCCAGGCCAUCGAGGCCCUGCAUGGCACCUCGUUUAAGGGCCGCCCCCUGUCUGUAGAGCUGUCCAAGGUCCAGCCUAGCAAGCAAGCGCCUACAGGAAAAAUCCCCUGUGUUAACUGUGGAAAGCAGGGCCACUAUGCUGGAGAAUGCCCUGUGGGAAAGCCUUCUCUGGAGCAGUACCAGAGUCAGGCAGCGGUCCUGGCUGCCGCUGCUGCCGCAGCUGCCGGCCUGCCCCUACAGGUCCAACAAAGCGUGCACAAUUCAGUCUACAACACCUCCACGUUCGAUCCCACAUAUGCAGCUCUCACUGGGAUCACCACAGGCACACGCACUGACGGAAACCCAGUGAAUCCAGCUGUUUAUGGUGCCCUCGCCAGCCAGGUGUAUGGUGCUAAUGUCGCCAGUCAGCUUUAUGGAACGGUGGCCAAUCAGGCAGCUCUGACAUCAGGCGCCACCCAAAUGUACAGCUCGAUGACCCCCAACAUCUAUGGCCAGAUGGCUGCAAAUGCCGCUGCUGCCUACUCACCUCAAGUUUAUACCCCGACCAUGGCCAACUCCCAUGUCUAUCUGACUGCAGCUCAUGGAAUAGAUAUGCAGACAGCAGCAGCUGCAGUCAACCCCGCUUACACUGUAUCUCCAGCAAUUUAUGGCGCUGCCGCACCAGCCUACGCUCACAUAAGCGCCAUGGGAGCAGCGGACCCUACCACAGCCAUCUUCGAGGCAGCCAGGCAGGCACAUUACUUUGCCCAGGGCCAACAGGUUAUGGCUGACCAGCAGACAGUGGCUGCCGCAGCAGCGGCGGCUGCAGCAAAGUCUGGUGAGAGGGACCGUAGUCCCCUACGGAGGUCAGUACCUCUGCUUCCAGACCCGGUGAUGAAGCCGUUCAUGUACCAGAGAGCCAAGCCGCGCCGACCCCUGCUCCCUACGCCGGCUGGCCGAGCGGCAGAAGAGGCUGCAGAGGCUGCAGAGGACCCCAUGGCCAGGUACUAUGCGGAGUACUACCAGCAGCUGCAGCAGUACCCCCAGUUCCAGUAUGCCUACCCACCACCGAGCGCAGUGACCGCCAUCCCUGGCAUGCCGGGAGUGUCAGCGGUCCCUACUGUUUCCGCGAUGUCCGCCCAGUCCGUAGCUGCGCUGGAAGCCCUCAGGCCAGUGGUUCCCACCGCUGCGGCAGUGGCAGCUGCCAUGGCUGCGCCAAGGGUGUAUGAGCCGCCGUUGCCGCCGCCCACGCGCAAGGAGGCCAUCCUCCGCCGCCCCGAACUCUCCCUUCACACGCCUGAGCCCCCCUUCCGAUAGUCGCACACAACUCUCUGCUCCCACCCCUCCCUCUUUGCCCUGAACCCUAUCC